GCUGGCGUCUCUUCCGGCCUUUUAGUUUUGGCGUGUCGCUGCAGCAAGAAGGGCAAGAGCGUUUUUCUCUGCAAGUUUCUCAAAAAUACUUCUUUUGUUACCGCGUAGUGUUGAAUUGAGAGCGUGAGAAGAGAUGGCCGAUCAGGAGUUCGACAUGAACGGUGAGGAUUUCUCGCAAGAUGUGAGGCCAAGUGACGACGAACAAAUGAAUGGUGACCAAGCCGGUGAUGGUGGCAACAAUGUUGGAAAUGGAAGCGCUGCCGAGGCCCCUGGACGCGAUGACGACAGAAAACUUUUCGUUGGCGGUCUGAGCUGGGAAACCACGGAGAAGGAGCUUCGCGAGCACUUUGGACAAUAUGGUGAAAUCGAGAGCAUAAAUGUGAAGACAGAUCCACAGACCGGACGGUCGCGUGGAUUCGCCUUCAUCGUGUAUGCAUCAGCUGACUCGAUUGAUAAGGUGACAGCAGCUGGGGAUCACAUCAUAAACAACAAGAAGGUUGAUCCCAAGAAGGCCAAGGCUCGCCAUGGAAAGAUCUUUGUCGGUGGACUGACAACAGAGAUCAGCGACGAUGAAAUCAAGACCUUCUUUGGGCAGUUUGGAAAUAUUGUCGAGAUGGAGAUGCCAUUCGACAAGCAGAAGAACCAGCGAAAGGGUUUCUGCUUCAUCACCUUUGAUUCUGAGCAGGUGGUGAGUGAGCUGCUGAAGACACCGAAGCAGACCAUCUCAGGAAAGGAGGUGGAUGUGAAGAAAGCCACACCAAAGCCAGAGAACAUGCCGAUGGGCAUGAUGCGCGGCGGUGGUCGCGGAGGCCGUGGAACUCGCGGUGGCCGAGGAGGCUCAUCAAACUCCUCGUCAGGUGGUUACGGCCAAGGUUGGGGCAAUCAGGGCUACGGCUAUGGCCAGGGAUACGGAUAUGGGGGCUAUGACAACUACGGGGGCGGCAACAACUACGACUACUACAGCGGCGGAUAUGGGGGCUAUGGCGGCUAUGAUUAUGCCGGAUAUGGAAACUAUGACUAUGGCUAUGGCGGUUAUGACGGAGGCUACGGGAAUGGCGGGCGCUCUGGAGGGCCACGGGGCAAAGGUGGAAACUACCAGGGUGGCAAGCAGCGAGGCGGCGGCGGUGGACGUCAGCAGAGGCACCAGCCCUACUAAGGAGGGGGCCGCGAGCGCGCCCCACGGAGUCCCUCUGGGCAUCUUUUCUUCAUUUUCAAGAGAAAGCAAGAGAGAAACAAUUACAUUUAAGAGACACACCCUCCCUUACAGAUUAAACAGAAGAAGAGUAAUAGUGGAAAGAUGAAGAGAGGAAGUUAGCAUUAUUAGGAGUGAAGUGAGAAAGAGAGAUCAACAAUUCAUAAAAAAAGAGUCUCUUGUGUGUAUUUCGUGAAUUAUUUACAGAUAAACAGGAGAGAAUAUUAAUAUUUUUUAACGCCUAGAAUGGAAGAUAUUCUUCAGUCUCAUUGAAUUUUUCUGUGUGUGUUGUAAAAUCUAAACGUUAAAUGAGAAAAUAGAGUAAUUAUAACAGAGAAGAUGGGAAAAACUGUAGAGAUUAAUUCAAUAGGAAUGUUUAAUUUCAAUGUGAUUUCAUGUUUGAAUGGAGAGGGUCUGAGGUCGAUCUGGAUGUGACCUCCCUCAAGAGUUCAAUUAUCUUGGCCUCCAUCCAUCCUCAUCAUUCCAUUACAGAAAGAAGAAACAAAAAAGGAAAGGAUACAGUUUCACUUCCAGAUUGCCCGCAGGAUUGCUAAAGCUACAAAUCCUCGCUCAUUUCUUUUUUUUUAUACGACAUUUUUCACUUAUUUAAUAUAGUAGCCCCACUCUGUUUGCCUUUAGGAUCCCCGGGGAGACCCGGAAAGUUUUAUGAUUCUCAUUUAGACACAAUGGAAGAGAUAUAGUGAAAAUGAUAAAAGUCCGUGUAAAAUCUGUUUUUAAGAUAAAUUGAGAUGAAGAACAAUAAAUAUAGUUCAACAUGUAGAAAAUAUUUUGUAAAGUCUUGCAUUAUUUUUUCACGUUCGUUGAAAAAGUAAAAAAAAAAAGAGUUCAAUAAAGUCUAGCUUUUAUUGAUGAGUAGUAAAAAAAAAGGACAAACACACUUGGAGAGAUUCUCUGGUUGGGUGUUUGAGAGAUUUUUGGUGUCCACGAGACUAUGCCGCUGAGCAAAGGAAUUAGGAAUGUAUUUCACAAUUUGUCCAUUUUACCUUGACAUACAUAAUUUCUCUGUUUUUUUUUUGCUAGCAUUUAAUGUGUACAAUUUAAGGAGCAAGGAUAGCCGUAAGAUUAACUUAAUUCUCUGAUACAAUUUUAGCAUUGGUAAUCAAGUUUUAUUCAAACUAACAUGUACUUUGAGACAUAAUAAAAACCACCAAUUUAAAUUCACA